AUGACCAAGCUGAGCGCCCAAGUCAAAGGCUCCCUCAACAUCACCACCCCUGGGGUGAAGAUAUGGAGGAUUGAGGCCAUGCAGAUGGUGCCCGUUCCGCCCAGCAGCUUCGGCAGCUUCUUCGAUGGGGACUGCUACGUGCUCCUUGCGAUCCACAAGACGGGCAGCAACCUGUCCUACGACAUCCACUACUGGAUCGGCCAGGCCUCCUCCCAGGACGAGCAGGGGGCGGCGGCCAUCUACACCACGCAGAUGGACGACUUCCUGAAGGGCCGGGCCGUCCAGCACCGGGAGGUCCAGGGCAACGAGAGCGAGGCGUUCCGCGGCUACUUCAAGAAGGGCCUUGUGAUCCGGAAAGGGGGCGUGGCCUCGGGCAUGAAGCACGUGGAGACCAACUCCAGCAACGUCCGGCGGUUGCUGCACGUGAAGGGCAAGCGGAACGUGGUGGCCGGAGAGGUGGAGAUGUCCUGGAAGAGCUUCAACCGCGGGGAUGUCUUCCUCCUGGACCUCGGCAAGGUCAUCAUCCAGUGGAACGGGCCCGAGAGCAACCACAUGGAGAGACUCAGGGGCACGACCUUGGCCAAGGAGAUCCGGGACCAGGAGCGAGGGGGGCGGACCUACGUGGCCGUGGUGGACGGGGAGAACGAGAAGGCGUCCCCGCAGCUGAUGGAGGUCAUGGACCACGUGCUGGGCAAGCGCACGGAGCUGAAGGCAGCCGUGCCCGACACGGUGGUGGAGCCCGCGCUCAAGGCCGCCCUCAAGCUGUACCACGUGUCUGACUCAGAGGGGAAGCUGGUGGUCAGAGAGGUCGCCACACGGCCACUCACGCAAGACCUGCUCAAACACGAGGACUGCUACAUCCUGGACCAGGGCGGUCUGAAGAUCUACGUGUGGAAGGGGAAGAAGGCUAACGCCGAGGAGCGGAAAGGAGCCAUGAGCCAGGCCCUGAACUUCAUCAAGGCCAAGCAGUACCCGCCGAGCACGCAGGUGGAGGUGCAGAAUGACGGGGCCGAGUCUGCCGUCUUCCAGCAGCUCUUCCAGAAGUGGACGGUGCCCAGCCGGACCUCGGGCCUGGGCAAGACCCACACCGUGGGCUCCGUGGCCAAGGUGGAGCAGGUGAAGUUUGACGCGGCCUCCAUGCACAUCCAGCCGCAGGUGGCUGCCCAGCAGAGGCUGGUGGACGACGGGAGCGGGGAGGUGCAGGUGUGGCGCAUCGAGAACCUGGAGCUGGUGCCCGUGGAGCCCAAGUGGCUGGGCCACUUCUACGGGGGCGACUGCUACCUGCUGCUCUACACCUACCUCAUCGGGGAGAAGCGGAACUACCUGCUCUACAUCUGGCAGGGCAGCCAGGCCAGCCCGGAUGAGAUCGCCGCCUCGGCCUAUCAGGCCGUCAUCCUGGACCAGCAGUACAACAACGAGCCGGUCCAGAUCCGCGUCCCGAUGGGCAAGGAGCCACUGCAUCUCAUGUCCAUCUUCAAGGGGCAAAUGGUGGUCUACCAGGGAGGCACCUCCCGGGACAAGGACCCCCCGGAGCCGGUGCCCGCCACGCGGCUCUUCCAGGUCCGAGGAACCAGCGCCAACAACACCAAGGCCUUCGAGCUCCCCGCCCGGGCCUCCUCCCUCAACUCCAACGACGUCUUCAUCCUCAAGACCCCGUCCUGCUGCUACCUGUGGUGCGGGAAGGGCUGCAGCGGAGAUGAGCGGGAGAUGGCCAAGAUGGUGGCUGACACCAUCUCCCGGACGGAGAAGCAAGUGGUGGUGGAGGGGCAGGAGCCCGCCAACUUCUGGAUGGCCCUGGGCGGGAAGGCGCCCUACGCCAACACCAAGAGGCUGCAGGAGGAGAACUCGGCCUUCACGCCCCGGCUCUUCGAGUGCUCCAACCAGACCGGGCGCUUCCUGGCCACCGAGAUCCCCGACUUCACUCAGGACGACCUGGAGGAGGACGACGUGUUUCUGCUCGAUGUGUGGGACCAGGUCUUCUUCUGGAUCGGGAAGCAUGCCAACGAGGACGAGAAGAAGGCCGCCGCCACCACCGUGCAGGAGUACCUCAAGACCCACCCCAGCGGCCGGGACCCCGAGACCCCCAUCGUCGUGGUGAAGCAGGGGCAUGAGCCCCCGACCUUCACGGGCUGGUUCCUGGCGUGGGACCCCUUCAAAUGGAGUAAUGCCAAAUCCUACGAGGACCUGAAGGCGGAGCUUGGCACCUCUGGGGACUGGAGCUGGAUCACUGAUGAGAUCACAAACCCUAAGCUGGACGUGUUCAAUGCCAACAGCGAUCUCAGUUCUGGGCCUCUCCCCAUCUUCCCCCUGGAGCAGCUGGUGAACAAUACGGUGGAGGAGCUUCCUGCGGGCGUGGACCCCUGCCGGAAGGAGAUGCACCUGUCCCCUGAGGACUUCAUCAAAGCCUUGGGGAUGACUCCAGCCGCCUUCUCUGCCUUGCCUCAAUGGAAGCAACAAAACCUUAAGAAAGCCAAUGGACUAUUUUAA